AUGUCUUCGAGUAUCACACCUAAUACAGAUCCCGACGUCGCACUUGAAGGUGUUGAAAGACGUAGUUCGUCCCCAGCCAUAACGAAAGCACAACGCCGAGGAAGGCAAUCACUCCCAUCUUCACUGCCUCAAAUCAAGACGUUCUCACGCUCUCGAGAAAGUCUAAGAAGGAAGACGCGUUAUAGUUCAGUAUCAACCGAUGAAUUAGCUAGAUCACCAUUAUCUGCAUCUGAUAGGAACGAGCGGAAACCACACACCCGAAAACUUGCAAGGCAGUCUUUUGUUAAUCAACAUCCACUGGAAGAUGAUUCCACAGCAGGUCGUGGAAUCUUCGAAGGGAUGGUUUUUGCCCUCUCUUUCCAAGGGCCACAGGUUCGGAAGAACAAAGGGAAACCUACGGAUAGAGCUAAUGUUGAACGUAUGAUUCGCCAAGAAGGGGGCAAGAUUCUCCCAGAUGGUUUCGAUGAACUUUUCAAAUUUGAUUCAUUCCAAUCCACGGGAAACAACACCUCUUCUCGUGACCUAUCCAGCUCAUUAACACUUCUCGAUCAGGAUACCGGAUUUACAGCUUUGAUAGCCGACGGACACUCUCGGAAAGUGAAGUAUAUGCAAGCUCUUGCACUCGGUAUCCCAUGUUUAGCACCCAAGUGGAUAAUGAACUGCAUUUCAAAGAGGGAAAUAAUAGAUUGGUCCUCUUACCUCCUAUGCGCCGGUCCAAGUACACUUCUAGGGGAGGCUAUUCGCUCGCGCAAUCUACAACCUUAUGAUGCUUCUACCGCCAAACUAGCAGAUGUGGUAAACGAAAGACCAAAAUUAUUAAACAAGGCGCGGAUUCUUCUCGUUAUGAAGAAGACUAAGAAUGAAGGGAAGAAAUUACCAUAUGUGUUUCUAGCACAAGUGCUUGGUGGUUCUUUAGUGCGAGUUUAUAGUCUUGAGGAAGCCAGAGUCAAGCUUCGGGAUGAGGAAUCCCAAAAUCAACCGUUCGAUUGGGUAUAUGUUGACGACUCUCUGCAUAAUGCACGGGACGCUCUUUUUGGAUCAUCUACAGGAAACGCAGCUACUAGGAAACGAAAACGGCAGAGCACAGGAUCCGAGGAAACCGACCCGCCGCCGAAGAGGAUUAGGACCCUCAGUGACGAGCUGGUAAUCCAAAGUCUUAUUUUGGGUAGAUUAAUUGAAGAUGGCGAAAUGGAGGAGUAA